GUACUGUUCUGUGACAUAGGUGGAUGUGAUAUUGAUAUCUGCAUGGUCCCAUAUCAGAUCGUAUUCAAUAUUGUGUCGAAACUGGGACUGUUCAGCGCAUUCCAUUUUGUGCUCGGAUUAUCGUAUUAUCUUCAGUGCACGUAGAACCUGUGAAGAAGACUCAAUGACCUCCAAGAGAAACCUCGUUCACCGCAGAUGAGAUAUCAUAGUAUGAAUGGUUGUCCUGAAACGGAUCAUAUUUCUAAAGAUCAACAACAUUCAGUAGCAAGGGUUGUUAGAAAAAAUAAUGUGAAGAGUUUGCGGAUGCAUUAAUUGGUUGAUGUGGAAUGUCUUCAUUGUGUAAACAUAAUUGAAUGAGGAUGCUUCCCCUUUGGGAUGACAGGUCUACGGAGUCGCAGCAGAUGGAGUUUUCUCAUCGGUCAUUCCAUGUUUUAGGAUAGCGAGUGCGAAAGUGCCAAAGAUUCUUGAUUGGGAAAACUACGAGAUUGCUUUUGCACGGAUCCAAAUGUGCUUUUGACGGAGACUAUAAGUGGGAUAUUGCGACAUUCAUCUUGAAAAAGUUACAGUGCAUAAUUUCGAUUUUAGGGUGGUAAAACUUCAGAUUUUGGAUAAGCUGAUGCGAAAUAAGGAAUCGUCGUGGAUAGGUAUUUGUUGCUUUGGAUUACUCAAACUCUACUCUGAGGAUAAAAGCAGUUAAAAAGUUUAAAUUAGUACAAACUUUUGGAUUAUUUCCACUUCUUCUGUGAUAUUUUCUGGCAUUGCUUUUUUGUAGAUAUACAAAAUUGUCGGAAAAAAUAAACAUUCUGGACGUGGUGAAAUAAUUUCUGUGAUAAAACCAGAAGGAUUAUUACGCAUUCAACGGAUAAGCAAGAACUAACAUUUUCAAAAGGAUAACAAAGUUUGCAGGUUUGCGUAAUUGAUUUUCGCUAUGGAUCGCAUUUUUAUCUCGCUCGCGCUCUCUGUUGUUUGUGUUGUCCAGGGUAAACUAUUUGACGCAGAAUUCAAGUCUGCAGAGGUCAUAACGCACCAAGCGAUUGACCUAAAGAGCGGGACAGUUUAUCUCGGGUGCACGAACAAGCUUUAUCAGUUGACGGGAGACUUGGACUUCGUUUUUGACAAUGUGACGGGGCCCGGCAAGGAGAACAAGGGAAAUGAAAACAAGGCCCUGUUAGUUUUUAACGAAGGGGACUCGCUAAUUACCUGUGGAACAAGUCAUUCUGGUACCUGUGAAAUACGUAGCUUGUCAAAUAUCUCCAUAGCAACAGCGUACCGCAACCCUACCGAUGCGGGCGUCUUUUAUGGAAGUCAAACUCAGGCGUUUGCAUUUCUAGCUCCGGCUGGUCCAUUCACCGACAGUGGAAGUGAGUCGAAACAAAUGGCAAUGUACGUUGGGACUUCGUCUAGCGAGGGUAGACCGCCACCUUUGAUCAGUACGCGGAAGCUUCAAAUGAAGCCAUUUGAAGUCUAUGUAAAGUCAUCUUUGCAGGCCACAGAGGCAGUGUUAGAAUCGGACAAAAAGGGUGACUUUUACGUGGAAUAUGUCAGCGGAUUUUCACAUGAGGGAUUUAGUUACUUCCUGACGGUGCAACUAGUAUUGCCCGAAAAGAUAAGAAAUGAAUCGCGGAUAGUACGCAUUUGUCAAAAGGAUGCACGCUAUGGUUCUUACAUUGAGCUACCAAUCAAAUGCUCCGUUGGAAGCCGAAAUUAUAAUUAUAUACAAGACACUUUUGUGACUGAAUCAGGAUCAAAUUUAGCCAAUAGUAUGAACAUAUCAACUAACGAGUCAAUAUUAUAUGCCGUAUUUACGAAUAAUCCGACGGGUCGUGGCGCCAAUUCGGAUGACAACCAGUCAGCUGUCUGUAUCUAUUCUCUGCGGGACAUUAGACAGGUGUUGUUUAACGCAACGAAAAUUUGCUUUAAGGAUGGAAUUGGGAAGAAGGUGGCACAUUUGAUGGAGUUCCCAAGUAAAGGGCAUUUCACGGGUGAGAAAUGCACAGUUUAUCCUACACAGAUCACGGAGGAUUAUUGUGAUAAAGAGGGCACUGUUCCUCUGAAUUACCCCCUCGCAGGUGUUGGGGUGAUCGAGGCCCGACCAGUUCUGGAGUUUUCCGAUUUCUUGACUGCGAUAGCGGUGACCGACGUGAACAAUUUCACGAUUGCGUUCCUGGGAACGUCACAGGGCUCAAUCAAGAAGAUCACUAUCAGCAGCCCAAUCCAUGGUCGUCAAUACGAGGAUGUGCCAAUUCAUCCAGGACACCGCGUCAGUCAGGACAUUCUGUUCGAUAAGAACAAGACCCAUCUUUAUGCUACAGCUGGGAACAAGGUUGUCAAGAUGAGAGUGACGGACUGCAGUCGUCACCUGACGUGUGACACGUGUCUUGGUUCAGGCGACCCGUAUUGCGGUUGGUGCUCACUUGAAAAAAAGUGCUCCAGAAGAGGUCUGUGCGGUCACAGUGACAUGCCCCUGAGGUGGCUGGGUAAGGGGACGUCCCAGUGCAUCGCAGUUACCAACAUGACGCCCAAAAACACUUCACUCAAUCAACGUGCUACGAUUGGUAUGAAUAUUGCCAACUUGCCAGAGUCUACUGACCAGGCCGUCCCAUACUAUUGCAUCUUUGGCGACAUGGACAUAGCCUACCCAGCAAAGGAGGCGCUCGUCUCUGGACUGUCGUGCCAAACGCCACCAGUCCAUCUCAUUCCUCCGCUGGUAGAUAAAGAUUACGUGGCAGUGCGUCUGAAGAUUCGCUCAAAUGAGACGGGUGUCGAUUUCCUUGAGACAGACUUCUACUUUUAUAAGUGCCAGACUCAUUCUCUCUGCAGCAAGUGUGUGUCAACGGAGUGGCCUUGUGACUGGUGUAUCUUCGACAACCUCUGCACCCAUAACUCAUCAAGCUGCAGCAGCUCGUCAAACGUCAUCUUGUCCAACAAGUAUCCAUACGUCGCAAAACAAGGCGGAAAAGAUUACUGCCCACAGCUGGUGGCAUCGAACAGCUCGGAGAUUCUGUUGCCAAAUGGUCAGAAGAAGGAGAUCGUGGUCCGAGGGAAGAACCUGCCCGAUCCCGGGGACGGUUUAUUCGAGUGUGUGGUCAGGCAAGGGGACCCACAGGAGAUCAGGCAGCCGGCAAGGCGGACUAGUAACAAGACAGUCGUGUGUCAAAAUCAAAAGCCAUACUCGUAUACAGAAGAUGAGGAGUAUCUGGAAGUUCCGCUGACGAUCGCGUGGAGACGAUCCUCGUACCAGGAUUCGCAAUACUUCGAUUCUGAUAUAAAAGUGACUAUUUACAAAUGUGACAAAAUGGGCCCAGACUGCAGCCGAUGUACCAGCUCGUACAAAACAGAUGCGAAAUACCAGUGUGCCUGGUGUACUGGUACCAGCACCUGUACAUUCAACAAGACUUGCAAAGGACCGCUAAAUGAUAACGUCAAAUGUGCUAACCCAAUGAUUAACUCGUUUGAGCCUAAAUCUGGACCCAUAGAGGGCGGCACUAAUCUUACAAUUCGCGGAACGGAUCUUGGCAAGACGUUCGAUGACGUCAACGGGACGGGCGCACUCAUUAUGGUCGCUGGACGGAAAUGUAUUCCAUAUAAAGAAUUCUACGUCAUUGCGAAAAUAAUAGUCUGUCGCAUUGAGCCAAAGCCUAAACAUGUGAUGUCUGACGACGGUCCAAUCUCGAUCAGACUGAAGAACGGCCAAACAGGAAAGAGUAAAUAUGGCGAAAUCUUCACCUGCCGGGAUCCUAAGAUACAGAAGAUCUUCCCAUCGUUGGGACCGAAGUCUGGAGAGUCCAAGAUUACCAUCAGCGGAGAGUGGCUUGAUACAGGUGUGAAAGAUGCUACCCGGGCCUAUAUCGGGCCCUACCCAUGUGAGAUAAAUAAAAGCAUAAGUCAAAAGAGUAUUAUCUGCUACACAUCCCCAGUCAACAGUUCUAUGACAGUUACGAACGUCAGCGUCACUUUUGACGGCCACACACGCGUGAUGGCGGCCAUCUUUAACUAUACCGAGGAUCCAACUGUCACCGGUAUCGAACCAUUGACCAGCAUAAGAAGUGGCGGUAUCCCUGUGGCGGUCAUGGGCACAAACUUCCUCUCAAUUCAGCGGCCCCUGAUGUUUGUGCAAAGGGGAAACUGGAGGUCGGAAGAAACGGAAUGUGGGGUGAUGUCAAACAUAAAAAUGAUCUGCCCCUCGCCGAAUGUCUCGGAAGACUUCUUACCCAUGAAGCGGACCUACCGCGCGGAGCGGGCAACUCCUUCAAAAGAGACGCACCUCGAUGUGGGAUUCAAGAUGGACGGUGUCCAGUCAGUGCAGACAGUUAACGAGAGUUUCCCUGGUGUGGCCCAUACGAUUACCUAUACACUGGACCCGGAGUAUUUCCCGUUCGAAAAUGGGGAGAAGAAUUUUGUGCCCGGCGAGUCGAGUAGACUGAUCAUUGAGGGGAGAAAUCUAAAGCUGGGAAACAAUGCUAAAGAUGUCCAAGUGAUGAUAGGUGAUGAGAAAUGUAACAUUACCUCCCUUGCCCCGACCGAACUGAGUUGCAUUCCUCCAGUGCAUCAACCAGCUGGGGUCAACGUGGAGAGCUCGCCCAUAGUCAAGGUUAGUGUUGGCCGAAACCUACACUUCAAGCUUGGCUCACUCAUCUACAAAAUCGACAACGAUGACAAUUUUCCGCCCGUUGCAAUCUACGCGAUCGCUGGUGCCGCCGGUCUCCUCCUACUGAUCAUAAUAGUGAUUUUAGUCAUCUGUAAGCGGAAGAGUACGAAACAUGAGCGGGAAUUCAAACACUUGCAAAUUCAGCUCGAUACGUGGGAGAGUAAUGUACGGGAGGAAUGUAAACAAGGUUUUGCUGAGCUGCAAACUGAUAUGACUGACUUGACGAGCGACUUGAAUGCUUCUGGUAUACCAUUCUGGAGCUACCAAAUGUACACUUUCCGCGUUCUUUUCCCAAGCCUGAAGGACCACCCGAUCUUGCACAGGACUGAGGUAUUUGUCCGUAACAGUCCAAGAACAACCAUUGAACAGGCCAUGACCCAAUUUAACCAGCUCGUUAUCAACAAGAACUUCCUUUUGACAUUAAUUCGGACGCUGGAGGAGCAGAAGGGCUUUAGCAUCAGAGACAAAGCAAACGUUGCAUCUCUUCUGAUGAUCAUUCUCCAAGACAAGAUGGAAUAUGCUACUGAAAUCGUCAAAGUUCUCCUCAACGAACUCAUCGACAAGUACAUGGAGAAAAAGCAGCCCAAGUUAUUGCUGCGGCGUACAGAGUCUGUUGUAGAAAAAUUACUCGCCAACUGGCUGUCGAUAUGUCUGUAUGAAAACCUCAAAGAAUCGACGGGGGAGCCGCUGUUUAUGUUAUUCAAAGCGAUCAAACACCAGGUGGAGAAAGGACCGGUUGACGCCGUGACUGCCGAUGCCCGGUACUCGUUGUCAGAAGACCGGUUACUUCGAGAAAAGACGCAACAGAAUACAGUGGACCUUGAUAUUGUGCUAGAUGAUGGAGAGAUCAUUAAAUGCAAGGUGUUACUCUGUGAUACAAUUACUCAAGUGAAGGAGAAGAUGCUUGAUACAAUAUACAAGAAUACGCCGUUCUCUCAUCGGCCUUCAGUGUAUGACCUUGACCUAGAAUGGCGAAGUGGACGGUCAGGUCAAGGUCACUUGUGUCUCCAAGACGACGAUAUGACGACUAAUCCUGACGCGUCGGGAUGGAAGAAAAUCAACACGCUCGAACAUUAUAAAGUUCCAGAUGGUGCACAGAUGGCGCUGGUGCCAAAACAACAUGACAGUUUAGGGCGGACGUGUAAUGGCGGAACAGGGGGACUCAACGGCAAUCUAGCUAUUUCAAUGUCGUCCAUAACUCCAAUCUUACAAGAUAUCGAAUCCGGGGCCAAGAUUUUCCAUCUGGUGAAGCAGGGUGACUUCGACAGCAGUGGGAAAGAGAGGAGUCAUAAAGUCAUCACAGAGAUCUUCCUUCCAAGAUUACUCUCCACAAAGGGCACUUUGCAAACAUUCGUAGAUGAUUUGUUCAAGACAAUCCUAACCGUCGAUGACCAGCUUCCGACCGCGAUCAAAUAUCUAUUUGAUUUCUUAGAUGAGGCAGCUGAUAGACACAGUAUUAGUGACCAAGAAGUGAUAUAUACUUGGAAAAGUAACAGCCUGCCAUUACGAUUCUGGGUGAACAUUAUAAAGAACCCGAACUUCACAUUUGACGUCCAUAAACCUGCCAUUGUCGAUUCCUGCCUCUCUGUUAUCGCACAGACAUUUAUGGACAGCUGCUCCACUACGGAACACCGCCUCGGCAAGGAUUCCCCCACCAACAAACUCCUCUACGCCAAAGACAUUCCAAACUACAAGAAGAUGGUGAACCAGUAUUAUCACGACAUUAAGGCCUUGUCGCCCGUCUCUGACCAAGAUAUGAAGAUAUAUCUUGGAGAGCUAUCAAAGAUUCAUCCGACAGAGAUUAAUGUGACGGUUGCUCUGAAGGAAUUAUAUGAAUAUGUCACUAAAUAUAAAGAUGAGGUGCGCAUGUCAAUAGAAGAUAAUCCUUUGAUGAAAAAGGAAGUCCAAAAGCUAGAACAGAUAAUAUCAACAAUGGAAAUGACCGAGUCCAUAGCGUAAUGAUUUGUGGUCACCAUGGAAACCAAUGAAAUGUUGCCAUGGAAACUGCUUCCGUGGUAGUGUUGUUGUCCGAUUUUACCAUUGAUGGUAUUUGAACAUUGUUGGGACCAUAUUGCUAAUCUAUCUUCGAAAGGAAACAGUUUAGUGAUACCUUGGAGCUGACUUCUUGAAUGCAAAAAGGGUAAUCUAGACAGGUGCUGAAGUUGUAUUUUCAGCUGAUCAAGAAGGCUGUAGGUGCUGUAAUGUAUGCAUACACUGCAAGAUAUCUGCAUGGGAGCUGCAGUCGACAGCUGAUGUUGUGGGCAUCAAUACACAUCAAUCAGUCUGUUAGACCAUUAUUCUAGAGGCCGCAUGCAGUUACUUUAUUUGGACGUCAAUUUGAUCUUCAAUCCGUGACAUCACUGACAGUAGCUAAGUGCCAUGUGUGGUUUCAAUUGUCUAUAGUAACCCCAUCUGACCACUGUCAUUAUUGCCUCAGUGACAAAGUUUGCAAUGACAUAGGUCAAGGACGUAAAUUUAUCAUUUAAAAUGGUGUUUUUUACUGUGACACAUCAUCAUGCAAUGGCGAUGUCCUCUAUUGAAUUGAAUAAAUUAUUCAUAUUAACACUGAAAAUGACUGCUCCCUCCAGGAGGUUUUGGAAAUGGCAGUCAAAAUCAGUGGUGUUUCAGUGUGGAUUCAGUGUGCAGUCAUUUUCAGUGUCAAAAACAGUGGAAAUCAGUCAGCUGAAAUAUUUAAAUGAGCACUGCUUUUGACUGCCUUACCACUGAUUUUGACUGUCUUACCACUGCUUAUGACUCCCUGACCUCUAUUUUUGAUUGCUGUAUAACUGUAUGCUUUGGUAACGUGUGACUGAAAAACACUCCCUAUGACUGCUUUCCACUGAUUUCAACACUGCCAUAAAAAUGUAAGGUAACACUGCAUCCUGACUGAAUCCUGACUGACAUCACACUGCUUUUCAGUGAGGCAAUAUUACUAUGGCAACGGGUACUAGAUGCUGCCGUGGCAGUGGGGAUGUUACUAUGGUUACCAGUGAAUUUCAUGGAGAUGAUUGGGAGAAGAUGACUUCAUGUAAAUGUGAUUUGUGGAUAAAGAAGAGUGGAGGCAAUGAAUUGGUUAACGGUCCAUUGUGGUUUGAAUCCGAUGUGCUUAACGGGGAAACAAUCAUUUUGUUGAUUAGGUUGGGUAUACUUCUUAUAGAUGCUGUUGUUAUAAUGUGCUUGAAAUGAAAUUGUCAUUUGAUAACAGAAUGUGCCAAGGAGGAUGGUUGUAUGUAUGUGCGUUUUAGUUUUGGACCAACUGCUCUAUUGAUACAUUUACUGGCUUAACCGAAUCAGAUGUUGGUACAUAUUGGCCUGUACAUGUACAGGUUAUUCCAAAAAAGUGUCUCUAAUUAAGGGCAUGUUUGUUUUUGAAUCAAAUCUUUAAGUACUAUCACAUGGGGUGAGUUUGGACACUCCAAAAAGAAUUGUUCAAAGUUACCCCACUCUUCAAAGUCACCCCGUGUGACAGUACAUAUUUCUUUUGGCCAUACUAAAUUAUAGAGGGUGUGCCAACGUAAGGUAGGCCUACUUCUAGGCUAAUGGCUGAUAUUUAUAAAAGACCAGUAAAUGCUUUUACUUUAAACUUCAUGUACAUUUACACUAGCCAUCUCUGUAGAAAACUGUAGUAAAAGCAUUUACUAGUCUUUAUAAAUAUUAGACAAUGAAAUUGCAUUCUCACAUUGUUAGCUUACUGUGGAACCAUUUGUGUAAAUAAUGUUGACUGUGUUGAAGUAUUCAGGUUGCACUAACGAUGGUGCCUAUUUUAAAGUGCAUUUUCGUUUCAUUUGACAUGGUUUAUGAUUGAAGUAAUUGGGGCCAUUUUUGGGGGCAGAUGAUGCAUUUGUGACCCGCUCUACCAAAACUAGGCGCUUGUCGCAUCUGAACUUGACAGGUUGAUACGGACUUGUUGUUCAUUUCCCUAUUGUAGACCUUUUGUUGAAUGUGACAGGUUGAUACGGACUUGUUGUUCAUUUCCCUAUUGUAGACCUUUUGUUGAAUGUGACAGGUUGAUACGGACUUGUUGUUCAUUUCCCUAUUGUAGACCUUUUGUUGAAUGUGACCAAAUCAGUUUGUAAUAGAUUUCACAAAAGGUCAACAAUAGGGAAAUGAACAACAAGUCCGUAUCAACCUGUCAAGUUCAGAUGCAACAAGCGCCUAGUUUUGGUAGAGCGAGUCACAUUUAGUCAAAUUUAAUUCUCCACUCUUGUAAAUAUGACAUGUCUUUUUUAUAAAGAGCGUUUUCAUGGUCAGCCAUGUUGGAGGGCAGAACAAUGAUUGGUCAUGCCUGACUUUCCUGAAUCAAAUGUGACUCGCUCUACCAAAACUAGGCGCUUGUCGCAUCUGAACUCGACAGGUUGAUACGGACUUGUUGUUCAUUUCCCUAUUGUAGACCUUUUGUGAAAUCUAUUACAAACUGAUUUGGUCACAUUUCACAAAAGGUCUACAAUAGGGAAAUGAACAACAAGUCCGUAUCAACCUGUCAAGUUCAGAUGCGACAAGCGCCUAGUUUUGGUAGAGCGCGUCACAAAUGCUGUCUUAGUCUUUUGGGGUUGCUUUCCUCUGUCUCACUCCAACAUGGCAGACCUUGACAUAACAUAGAUCACUCUAUACUGUAAAUAAAAUGUGCAAUGACUUGACUGGUUCCGGUGCUCGAGAGCUUUUGAAAUGACAAGAGUUUGUACAAAUCCUGUUUAGAUAAGGGUAUUUUAUAAUGAAAGUAGAACCUGGCUUUGCGGGCACUUCUUUUAGACACCCUCCAUGUUAGGGACAGUAAGUUUUGGUCCCUUAUGGAUCAUUUCUAUAUAGUCAAAUGAUUAUUACUUGUAAUUUUCAUUGUGGAUUUUGCAAAUUUCAGUUUGUUUGCAAAAUGCCCAUGAAAAUUUGGUUGUUGACUGCAGGCCUUUACGAGAAAUUCACCUGUAUUAGAAGAAAUAGGCAGACUAGUUUUGUGUCACAGUGCUUGUUUUGUGAAUUGUUCAUGUCUGAAUGUCAGCAUUGCUUGCGUGGCGACCCCGUUGGGAGGGAGCACUGAACCAUCACUCGGGUGGCAUCGGUCCUGUUGCUGGGGUGGCAUCAGAACCACCACUAUACUGACUGGGGUGGCAUUUGUCUUGUGGCUAGGGAGCACAGAACCAUCACCUGGGGUGGCAUCAGAACCAUCACUACUUACUAGGGUGGCAUUUGUCCUCUUGCUUGGGUGGCAUCAGAACCACCACUAGGGUGGCAUCAGAACCAUCACUAUACUGACUAGGGUGGCAUUUGUCCUCUUGCUGGGGUGGCAUCAGAACCACCACUAGGGUGGCAUCAGAACCAUCACUAUACUGACUAGGGUGGCAUUUGUCCUCUUGCUGGGGUGGCAUCAGAACCAUCACUACUUACUAGGGUGGCAUUUGUCCUCUUGCUGGGGUGGCAUCAGAACCAUAACUACUGACUAGGGUGGCAUUUGUCCUGUUGGUAGGAGCACAGAACCAUCACUAGGGUGGCAUCGGUCCUGUUGCUAGGGUGGCAACAGAACCGUCACGAUGGUUGCAUCGGUCCCAUCUCUAGGGUGGCAUAUCAGUCCUGUUGCCAGGUGGCAUCAGUCUUACCGCCAGUAUAAGGUUCGCCACAGAUAAUGUCGGUUUGCCUUUUGCCACAACCCCUCCAAAGGUUUCGAGACAGGGAAAGUAGGUUGACCAAAUAUUUGGUAGGAAAUUCACUUGGCGAGAAAGAUCAGUAGGGAUUUGACAAAGCAACUUAAUUUAGGGUUGCCUAGGUUGUUGCCCUUCUCUGGUUUAGGGAAAAGGUUAUUGCAUCGUCUGAAUGUGUUUGGUGUAUUUUAAUAUAUCGAUAUCCUGGCAAAUAUAAUGAUGACUGUAAUUUUAUAUGACCAGUAAUAAAUUAUUUAAUGAAAUGGCAAAAUGACUUUUUGUUAGUCUCUCAAAGAACAAUGUGGGGCUGGUGGAUGGACUCCAGUGUUUUAGGUACACAUUUGAUGGGAUUCAGAAGAGCCAGCUUCACCCAGUGGACAUAUGGAAUCAGCAAACCUUGCUGAGAAUCUUGCACCUCUCUGCGUAU